GGAGCGAGGUCGCGCAGGCGCAGACGGCGUUGGUUCGAGAAGACCUUCAGCGUUGCCUUGGUGGAGCGGGACGGGCCCACCCUCGGGUUGUAGAUAUGUGUAACACACCAACUUACUGCGACCUAGGAAAGGCUGCCAAGGAUGUCUUUAACAAAGGGUAUGGGUUUGGCAUGGUCAAAAUAGAUCUGAAAACCAAAUCUUGUAGUGGAGUGGAAUUUUCUACUUCAGGUCAUGCUUAUACUGAUACAGGGAAAGCAUCAGGCAACCUAGAGACCAAAUACAAGGUCUGUAACUAUGGGCUCACCUUCACCCAAAAGUGGAAUACAGACAAUACUCUUGGGACGGAAAUCUCUUGGGAGAAUAAGUUGGCUGAAGGGUUGAAACUGACUCUUGAUACCAUAUUUGUACCAAACACAGGAAAGAAGAGUGGAAAGUUAAAGGCCUCCUAUAGACGGGAUUGUUUUAGUGUCGGCAGCAAUGUUGAUAUCGAUUUUUCUGGACCCACCAUCUAUGGCUGGGCUGUGUUGGCCUUUGAAGGUUGGCUUGCUGGCUAUCAGAUGAGUUUUGACACAGCCAAAUCCAAACUGUCUCAGAAUAACUUUGCUCUUGGUUACAAGGCGGCAGACUUCCAACUGCAUACUCACGUGAACGAUGGCACUGAAUUUGGAGGCUCUAUCUACCAGAAAGUGAACGAGAAGAUUGAAACGUCAAUAAACCUGGCGUGGACAGCUGGCAGCAACAACACUCGUUUUGGCAUUGCUGCGAAAUAUAAGCUGGAUUGUAGAACUUCUCUCUCUGCCAAAGUAAACAAUGCCAGUUUAAUUGGACUGGGUUAUACGCAGACCCUCCGACCAGGAGUCAAACUGACCCUGUCAGCUUUAAUAGAUGGAAAGAACUUCAAUGCAGGAGGCCACAAGGUUGGAUUGGGAUUUGAACUGGAGGCUUAAUGUGGUUUUGAGUAGAGUAUCAAUUGUCCCUGGAAAUGAAGAGAAAUGAACCCACUAUGUUUUGGCCUUAAAAUUCUGUGAAAUUUCAAAAGUGUGAACUUUUUAUUCUUCCAAAGAAUUGUAAUUCUUCCCACACUGAAGUCUAGAGAUUACAGAUCCAUCCAAUGGGAGGUCCUUGAAGGCAUGCCUGGAAAUUGUCGUGUUUGUGCCACAUUUCAGUUGAGUUCUGCAGAGUUAAUUUAAAUAUGUUCCUCAGCAACAACGUAGUGUCGUGUUAAAGGAAGUGACCGCCUCCCCAGUUUGUCCAUCACGUCCUGCAUGUCCCACUCCACUUUUCCAUGACCUUUUGUUAUAUCAGUCUCUGCUCUAGUGAGAUCUUUGGUUUUGCAUCAGAGUAAAAUAAACCCAUCACAUUUGGAACAUAA